AUGGCACCCACUCUUGAGGAAGUGACCACAAAGACUGGAAUGGUCGAGAUUGACCCCAAAAAAGGGUUGGCAACUAAGGGUACACCAGAGAACAUACUGCCAACAGAGGAGGCAGCAAUGAUGGAACCAGAAAAGAGUAAUAAUACCAAUGGUGACCAGCUAGUGGUGAAAGAUACUGCGACAGGAAAUGCACCAAAAAGUGAUGCUGUUCUGGAAGAAGACAAUGAGGUUUCCAAAGAUCAGAAUCCAACUGCUGAAGCGUCCGAAGCUAAGAGCAGUGGUGAUGUUGUGGUCAAGGAAGAAAUGAUGAAGAAAGAAGAGAACGUGCCUGUCCAAACUGAACCGAAGACGGGUGUUUCCUUCCCUGUUAGACUUGAUGAUGGGAAACAGUUGAAUGCAGUUGGUAUGAGGAAGAAAACCAUUCUUGGCCUUGGUAUCAAAAUCUAUGGCUUUGGGAUGUAUGCAGACAACGAAAAACUUAAGGAGCUUCUUAGGUCGAAGAUAGGAACAAAGGCUCCAUCAAAACCAUCAAAGGAGAUGUACCAGCUAGUAAUAGACAGUGAUGUGGGGAUGAUGGUGAGACUAGUCAUAGUCUUUGGUAGCCUCACUAUGAACAUGGUAAAAAAGAAUUUCGAUGAAGGUCUUGGAGGAUCCAUUAAGAAACUCAACGGUGGUAAAAAGAACGAGGAGCUCGCAAACAAGGUCAUGGGUGCAGCAUCAGAUGACAUCAAGCUAUCAGCUGGUUCAGUAAUUGAAAUCACUAGGCUUCCAGGGUUCAUUCUUGAAACAAAGGUGAAGGAUGAGGUAGUAAGCAAGGUACAGAGUGAGCUGCUAUGCAGGGCAUAUGUCCAUAUGUACUUGGGAGAUGAUCCCUUCGACAAGGAAGCAAAAGAAAGAUUUGGAAUGUCUCUACUAUCUAUGUUCUGA